UUCAGCCUUACCGUACCUGAUAUGCGCCGCCAAGGCAUCACUUUCGCUGCUACGGUGGAACGGGGUGCAUAAUCCGGAUCUCUUGUCGGUACCUGACCUUUCAGUGAUUUCUUGUCCCUCGUUCUGUAUAUCCACUCCGCUGGUUCCACUCGUUUGCUAGCCUACGGGCUAGCAAAUUCCGCGACGCGUACACCAGGGGCUAUUGUGGCUGACCCCCAAAAGCGAUUGAAACGUCGUCUUCUACGUCCCUCUUUCCUGCCAAUGUCGCGGUGACCGGUUGUUCCUUUGCUCUUACUCGCCUCUGUGCGUGCCGCGAUGCCGGUUCAACGGACGUUGUUUGGCCGGCCCAUCCGCCUACAGACACCACCGCGGCGGUUCCAGCUCCUCUUCGUCUUCAUAAUAUUGUUCAUACUCACCUUGCUCGUUUUCGGCCCUCCUACCUCCGCUGAUCUACCAACAUAUGAGCAAGUAACCGAAGCUGUCAAGAACCCUCAACUCCACCUGCCAGAUCUGCCAGAGCUCCCCGAGCUCCCCUCUGUCCCCAAUCCCUUCGGGCCCUCGGCGCAUAAGCCCCCAGUACAACCGAAUAGCACAAGCUCGAGCGCAUACCGUGCCAUAGAAUGGCUCAGCGACUUCAAGUGGCGCAACCCCUUCUCCUCCUCCAUCACUCUCGACGAGAACCGCGCCGUCCUCCCGCCGCUUAAAGAGCGACCAUCCAUCUACACCUUCUAUGACCCCAAACGGAAGCAAGACAAGACUGUUUCAGAGGCAGAAAACAGGCUGCUACUAACAUGGCGACGGGCAUGGUGGGCGCAAGGCUUCCGGCCCCAAGUGCUCUCGCGGGCAGAGGCCAUGAAGCAUCCCCGAUACGACCUUGUACAGCGUAUGAAGCUUGAUGCGAAGGUGGAGCUAGAGAUAAUGCGCUGGUUAGCGUGGGGCUUUAUGGACGGCGGUGUGCUUGCGAAUUGGCUCGCCUUGCCAAUGGCCGAGUACGACAAUCCCAUGUUGGGUUUCCUGCGGCGAAAAGAGUACCCGAAGCUCUCGCGUGUCGAAUCACUGCACAACGGCAUCUUCUUUGGAGAGGGAAUGGCGGUAAACGAGGCGAUAAGGAAGGCCAUCGAUAACGAGCUUUUGAAAAAUGUGACGGCGAACAAACAGAAGAUUGCGGAGCUAGCCACGAAGGACGGAGGGGCUGUGGUCAACCUCCUCUCCUCAGCAGACGUCACGGUUGACACCAAGGCCAAUGCGGUUGCCUACUACUCGACCAACACCAUCACCACUAAGUACAAGACGGUUGCAGAGAAGCUCACCAACAUGACCCAGGUGGAAGGCCUUGAGCUGCUGGCGUCGCUUAUCAAUUCUCACCUGCAUUUGACCUUCCAGGAAACUUAUUCAGAAGGCGUUGCCGUUGUCAAACCGCUGCCGGAACACACGACAGCCCUGACGUACGAAGCCAUCGAUAUUGCGCGCAAUCUCACUCAAUGCCCGGGCACGCCCAUGCCGAAGUCAUGCCCGCCGAAUCGCCCGAAGUGCACCCCUUGCAAUCCGAACAAACCGAGAAAACUACAACUACUCCCAUCCUAUAAGGAUUUGUCUGGUCUCUACUCUAUCAGUACUGUCCCGCACCCGUAUACGCUCAACUCGCUCCACUAUACCCGCGAUACCCUUGAUGCCAACUUUCUGCGCAAGAGUGCGCAGCGUGAUCUAUGGAUCGGUGCAUUGACAAAAGACAUGCUUGGCGAACAGCACAGCGAAUCGUGGCGAGUUGUGGCCUUCAAGGACGAGGUUGCCGCUCCCGACUCGGCUUCGCACUCUCUUUGGUUGACCGCCGAGCGGGUGACUCAAGCGGACCUCGACUGGAUUUUUGGCUUUAACCUCCCUCAACUUGCGUCUCCUAAUUCCGAACCUAGCUCUCCAAGCGAUACAUCGGAGCUCAUCGUCUUUCCGCGCCCGGGCAUGCCAGAAUCGAUUCCGGGGGUCGAUGUGCCCGAGGAGAGGUGGAUUAAGAACGAGGAGGAGCGCCUGAAGAAGGCGAGAGAGGCGAUUAAGAGCAAAGACAGGCGCAUGCAAGAGAUUGUCGACAUGGUCGAGAAGUGGAAUCUGGCCGAUACGGAAGCGUGGAAAUUUGCCAGAGCAUUUUCUGCCAGGCGGAGAAGGGAGCGCAAGAAAUGGGAAGAGGAGGAGCAAAAGUUCGCGGGCUCAGAGAGGAAAGCAGGCAUCAGACCUGGGGCCGGAGGCGGAGGACGAUGGACGGACCGGCUGUGAUCUCAUUGGCGAGACUGAUCAAGAUGGAAAGCUCCCCUUAUGUCUCGAUGCAUUUCGUCGGCGUACCAUGGAUAUACGGCGUUCUUUGUGGAUACAGGCGUUUACUGCUGGCACACUCCACCGCCAGAUCUACCUGCACAACAAAUACUAUUGCAUACUUUGUUGUACGAUUUUUCCUCUGCUCGUAGCCCUUCCGUCGCCAGUAGCGCCCACACACGGAUGAUUUAUUUAUG